UGUUAAUGGACUCAGCUUGGCUUAUUCACAAAUGCCUGUUAAAAGAAGAGAGGAAAUUGCUGCAAGUCUAGUAGUUUACCUUAAACAGUCGGUGCACCAGAUCCGUCAGCCAGUCUGCAAACAGAGCAUUGAAAAUGACACUGACUGGCUGAUUUUGAACUUUGGUCAGUUCUUCACGUAUGUGCCUUACUCUGACUUGGCAGAAUUCAACAUCUCUAGGGAGGCCGUGUUUGGCUCUCUAUCUGGUGAACAGAAGGUGGAGCGAAUCUUGACACCAGGUCUGGUGGAUGAUGAGUCUGCCGUUAGAGAAGUGUUUGAAUUUGUUGUACACUCUCCGAACCAGAACCAGUUGGAUGAAUUCUUUGAAAUAUUCAACAGCAUGUCUGCACAGAGAAACGUGUCAAGCAUCAGCACUGCUGUGAGCAACAUCAUUCUGAACAUGACAUUGAUGGAGCUGGCGAACAGAUUUGAAACCUUCGAUCCGCAGACGUUUUCAUUAUGGUUCCAGACGAACCUAAACGUUUUCCUCCCUGGGAUCGGUUCAGAUAGCCUCUCUGUCAUCCCCAGAACCAUCAGCUGUGAUUCUUACAGAGAAAUCGUGAAAGGCUGUGAUAACGUUUUCAGCAGUCUCACACCGAUUCAGACGGAGUACGUCUACAGUUUCACACGAGACUAUCUCUCCCAUCAGCCCAGCCAAGGAGGUUCCUGUGUGCUCAGUACUAACAGUGAUGCCGACUGGCUGCUGAAAAACUUCGGACAGUUCCGCAUCAUCGCCAACUUUACUGACUUUAUCAACUUGAAACGAGACUUUAAUGGAGUUGAGGUGGUGGAGUUUCUGACUGUGUCCCAGCUGGCUGAGCUUUGCUCUGACCUGUCACGUCUCAGCAGACCAGCAGAUGUUCAGACUGUGAUGAAUGAGCUUCAAACGCAGACGCUUUCAGAGUUUUUUGAUGUUCUUUCUCCAAACAUUCAAGUGAAUGAACAGGGCUACUCUGUGGAGGUGAAGCGGAUCUUCCUGCAGACAGUGUUUGUGCGAGGUGAUCUGUCGUCUCCUUCAGUCAGUGAUUCUGAGCUGUCAGUCUGGCUCACGGUUCGACUCAGGCCGCUGCUGUCUGCUUUGAGCUCACCAGACGUUACGGUGUAUUUCGACAUCGUCAGGGCUCGAGGCUGCAGCAUCAAACAGGAGGCUGUCAGUGUGCUGGACUCUCAAAGAACGGCUCUGGAUGAAAGCACACAACGUCAGAUCUAUAACAACAUCCAACAGCUACUCACAGAUGCUCCUCUUCGCUGUUAUGUCAGUGGCAGUUUCUACCUCUUCCUCAAGUCUUUCUUCCUCCAGUUUGGAUUUCCAGACCUCAACACCUUCCAGUCUCUGAUCUCUGUGGACAGGAGGCCUGAGCUGCUGGGCUCCAUCUCUACAGCCGAGCUGAGCGAGUUCCUGAACAGGCCUCAGAUGCUCGGAGACGGGUCGGGACUCUGCCAUCUGCUCAGCCAGUACAACCAGACCGCACGCUAUCUGGAGACGGAGCCGCUGGGACCCGUGGGUUUGGCCUGGCAGGUGUUGUCCUGCGUCUGGCCUGGAGUUCUGAAGCUGGAGAUCCAGUCUGAGGUGGAUCAGUGGUUCGAGCAUCGACUUGUGCGAUACCUGGCUCUGCUCAGCUCACAGCUCCUCAGCCCCGCACAGCUCAGCAGCGCCGCCUGUCUGCCCUACAGGAAACUUGUUUCAGUUCUCGGAAACAACUACAACUUCUCCAGAACUGACUUCACCCCAGAGGAUGUUUACAGCUCCAUGAAGGUGUAUCUCACAAAUGGUGGCUCACCGCGCUGCUAUAACGCCGCCGAUCCUCAGCUGAACUCCACAAACUGGCUUGUGAGCUACAUUGGCGUCUUCAUCAGAUACGUCAAUCUGUCUGACCUCAACUCUUUCGUGUCAUCUGACCAGAUUGGUGUGUUCUUGGAAAACCCGGAGAACCUUCAGCUGCUCAACAGCACCAUAACCAUCCAGUCCAGCGUAGCCAACUACUACGUAACACAGCUGUACAAUCAGAACCCGUCCUUCAACCCCAUCAGGCUGCCAGGCCAGUUCUUGUGUGGAAUUCCUUCAUUUGCAUUCGAGCUUCUAGGAGCAGACGACAGUUUGGUGCUCAUCCAGCAAAUCAACGUGUUCUGUAAUGGAACCGAGAGCCCUGAGAUCACGUCUGCUCUCGCAGCCAAUCUCCCUUCGCUCUCCUCCUCCACCAUCCAGCUGCUCGGCAGUCAGAGCGUGGGCCUGACGGAGGCUCAGAUAAGCUCCGCCUCCGCUGAUGUCAUCAAGGGCGCGCUGUCGACUCUCAGCGCCGUCGACGGCUGGAAUCAGGGCCAAGCCAACGCAGUCAUACAGACUCUCAUUCAGUCCGACUUUCCAAUCAACACCGGCUCUUCUCUGCUGUCUCUCGGGACGCUCGUCAAGGGCGUUCCAGCGGAAACCAUCUCCAGCAUUGAAUCCUCAGAGCUCCUGGCCAUAUCCAGAAAUCCCACGUUCAUCAGCAACAUCCUCUCAGCGCCAGAAAUCCUGCAGCUGGUUUACGUCAUGAAGAUCGCAUCCAUAGAUGAAACUAAAGUCAUCGAGAACGUUCCGGACGCAUUGGCUGGCUCCAUCCCGCGCCUCUUGUUGAUCCCUCAGGAGUCUGUGAACGUCACCCUCAUCAACCUCAAGCUCUGGAAACAGGAGCAGGCCGUGAUGCUGUUUGGCUCCGUGGCGAGUGUCAGUGAGGACACCGAAGAGCUGUCUGAGGCACUGCUGCAGGGCUUCACCUGCACGUCGGUCCGGACGCUCGCUGAGCCCAAGGUCAAGCGGCUGGUGAAAGCCUGCAGACAUCGGCCGGGACGCCAGAAGGUCCAGCUGAAAGAGAGCCAGCUGGUGUGCAUGUACAACUACAUGAAAGAGGAGGCUUCGCCACGCUUCACAGAUUUACCUUCAGACAUGCUGCUUUACUACAACUAUGAGAAGGUGGAAGAGACGAACUGCCGCUCGUAUUUCAGCGCUGUGGGUACAGCAGAUUAUUCUGUUCUUUCCAGCGUCCUUGACAAACAGAAGACUUUGUUCAACAAUGCACAGAGCUGUCUGAGUAAGGAGGUGAUCCUCAGGUAUCUGAGUGUGGCCGGUCACACUUUAGGCACUAAUGAGCUGAACGUCAUCGGCUCCAACAUCUGCGCACUGAACAUCUCAACACUUCAGAGCAUUACAGCAAGAGACCUGAGCAAUGCAGAAGUUCUGGAUCUGUCCUCGUGUUCAUAUGAGCAGAAAUCAGUUCUGUACAGCACUGCCAACUCCUCGUUCAGAGCUCAACGCAGCACCGGCCCUAUUUACUUCCAUCUCAUCAGCCCAUACCUCGGUGGCGCUCCGGUUGAGGACGUGAGGGCUUUGGCCUCUUCUAACAUCACUAUGGACAUCAGCACCUUCAGAAGCCUCAGCAUACCUGUUGUGACGGGUCUGAGCGUGUCUGAUGUGCGUGCUCUCAUGGGUUCGGCUGUGGCCGAUCUGAAGGUGUUUGAGAAGGACUCUGUGGUUCAGGCCUGGAUCUCCUCACAGCCGCAGUCUCAGUUAGACACACUGAACGUGGGUCUGCAAGGAGGCCGAGCCGAUCCCAGCACAUCCGCACCUGUCACCGCCCAAAACAACAGCACCGCUAACGGCACCGGCACUGUCACCGGCACGCAGUCAACGGCUCCCGGCCAGUCAGCUGCAGCUACAGUCACUGUACAAGGAUCUGCAACAGCUCUUCAUCUCGGUCCAGGCCUGUGGCUCGUUGCGUCCUGCGUGUGGCUUCUGACCUUCACAUGACACGAUACCUGAGCCACCAUGAUCAAAAAUCAAUGAAAUCAUCACCAGAAAUCAGUCAGAUUGACACAAGUGCUCCAUUAGAUCAAUAUCACUAAUCAAUAAUGAAAUAUUAGAAAUGAAUGAGAGCAAUAUUAGAUUCA